AUGGAUAUUUUGUGUCCGAAUUAAGGGCAUAACAAUUAGAUUGAAUUUGUUUGUAUGAGGGAUUCUUGCCAAGAAUAUCGCUUUUCUUGCUUUGAAUGUUUGCAAGCUGGAAAUCAUAAGAGCCAUAUAGAAGAUGUUCAAAAAUUUUCUUCGUUUUUGAAUUUAAUAAAGUAGUAAUCAUCCGAUUACGAUAAUCUUAUGAGUAAGCUUGAGAAUUGGAUUAAUCAUAUGAAUAAUUAAUGUGGGGAACUGAAAAAAGGGUUAGAAAUGAGAUACAAAGAAAUAACAGAAUUAGCUAAGAAUUUUAGUAUAAAUCACUUUAAUGAACUUUCUUCUUGUUUUUUCUCAUUUCAAAGGAGUAAAGAGAAACUGUAUUCAAUGAUUGCAGAGAGUGUAGGAAGUCUUUCUGAAACUAUUACAAAUGGUCGAAAAAUUUUAUGUUUAGAACCAUAAAUUCAAUAAUAAGUAUUUAAUAAAGAAUUGAAGCCAUUUAAAUAUGAAUUAAUCAAUAAAAUAAAAGAUGAAUACAUAUUUGCUUUUGCGUUUAAUAAAGAAGCUACUCUCUUAGUGGCUGGCUACGAAUCAAGCAAAAUAAGAGUAUUUGAGUUUGAGCAAGGAUAAUUACGAUAAUUAUAGGAAUUGAGCAAUCAUAGUAAAAGAGUUCGAUGUGUAUACUUUUUGUAAAAAUCGCCUUCAUUUAUCUCUGGUAGCUAUGAUCGUUCGAUUAUUGUAUGGGAGNAAGAUUCUAAAUUCUUAUCAUUAAUGUAAUUUUCUGACUUGAACAAGUGUAUACCUGUAAAUUAACCAAAUAUCAAGAAUUUGCUGUUAUUUUAUUUAUAUAUAAUAAAAUAUAAAUUAAUUAAUCGUGAAAAAUUGUGUUACAUAUUGAAAUAGAGGGUAUAGAUUAAUUGA